GAACCCACCGACACCCUUCCCAGCUCCCCAGAACCCACCGACACCCUUCCCAGCUCCCAUCACCUUCUCCCCUGCCUCAUCCUCCCUAUGAACCCUGCCCUGCCUGACACCCCCAGACACCUCCCUGUUGCUGUCACCUCCCUCUGGCCUGGUCAUUGUCCCCUGAGCUCCCAGGGCUGGCCAUGCCACAGAGCCCUGAGGGUGAGCUGCUGCUGGCUGUGAUCAUGGCUAAGACAGGAUAUUACCCAGGAGCCAAAUUCGGUGGCCUCAGGCUCUGUCCCUGAGCGUGUGUCACACCUCUACCGGGCACAUGCCCGGGUGCCAGGGGCAUCACAGCACGUCCAGGCUGGCAUCGCAGCUCCCCACACUCAGGGCCACGUGUUCUCUGCCCGAGUGACAUUACCUCGGUGCUGCCAGCAAAGUGCUGCUGCCACUGAACUUUGCGAGGUGCCCGGGGGAACUCCCGGGAAGCCGAGCCCUGUCCUGGGAUGGGCUACACUGAGUUGAUGCCAUCGGAGUGCCUGGGGCAGGUGGGGCCUGAAGGUCCCCAUGGCUGAACUUGCCCAUCUGGACUUCAUUGCGGUUUUCCCUGUGUCCUCUCCUGUCCCGCUCCUGGCCGCUGGAAGGAGGGACACAGCAGAACUGCCUCAGCUGCGUGUGCUCGGUGUCCCCGCUGCUCUGCUGGCCCCGGGGUGGCCGUGAUGUCCCUGCAGAGGCUGUAGCAGGGAUGGGGCUGGCAUGUUUGGGGUGGGUGCUGAGGAAGAAUCCGUUCAUCAGCGCCUGCCCCGCCCGUGUCUUGCAGAACAUCGUCUCCAAGCACAGCUCGCAGUUCCGGGGCAACGCUCAGCACGACGCGCUCGAGUUCCUGCUCUGGCUGCUGGACCGAAUGCACGAGGAGCUGGGCGCCGCCUCCCCCGCCCAGCAGAGCCGCGGCCCCACGCAGCCUGGUAAGGACGGGAGCAGCAGUGCCAGCAGGUCCCCGCCAGGCACCCAGCACCCCCACGGGCAGAGCUUCGUGCAGAGCCACUUCCAGGCCCAGUACAGGUCCUCCCUGACGUGCCCUCACUGCCUGAAGCAGAGCAACACCUUCGACCCCUUCCUGUGCAUCUCCCUGCCCAUCCCACUGCGCCAGACCAGAGCUCUGAACGUCACGCUGGUGCUGCAGUGCGAGCGCUGGCGCUUCGUGCGAGUGGGGCUGGCCGUGCCGCUGCUGGGCACCGUGGCCGACCUGGGCGGGAACGGCCACGGGAUUGGCCCGAGGCCGUGGAUCCCUCGCUUUGAUUGGUGGGAGAAAGUGGAUCCCUCAUUGGGAUUGCCCGGAGCUAAUGAGAGCCCCUCGUUUUCCUGGCCCGCAGGGUGUCCCCGCAGCCUCCCUGCGUCCCCCUCAGUGCCACGGCCAGAGGGGCCGCGUCUGCUGCCCAGCAGCGCCCGCUCCUCCGACUGCCUGCACCGCGCUCCCGGUGGCCGCAUCCUGCUGCUGCUCUGCAACGCUGCGGGCACGGGGCCACAGCUCGCCAGGUUCGGGCCACCGCUGCUGCUGCGGGAGGAGCGCGGCGUCUCCUGGGAGCAGCUCCAGCAGAACAUCCUGGCCCAGCUGAGGGGGGUCCUGCGGGGAGAGGUCCGGCCACAGGGCGCGGGAGCCCUUUUCCGGAUCCGCCUGGCCGGGGGCUCGGCCCCCUACACCUACCUGUCCCCUCAGGAUCCCCAUCCUCUCUGCCACCCUGCCAUUGACAGGGCCCUGCAGCUGAGCAGGGCUGGGGGCCCUCCCCACGUGAGACUGACGGUGGAGUGGGACAUGAGCACUAAAGAGCGGCUGUUCGGAAGCAUCCAAGAGGAGGUGGUGCAGGACGCGGCGAGCGUGCGGCAGCAGCAGCAGGCGCACGGGCAGCAGCACAGCUGCACGCUGGACGAGUGCUUCCAGCUCUACACCAAGGAAGAGCAGCUGGCCCCGGACGAUGCCUGGCGCUGCCCGCACUGCAAGGUGCCCCAGCAGGGCACGGUGAAGCUCAGCCUGUGGACGCUGCCAGACAUCCUCAUCAUCCACCUGAAGCGCUUCCGGCAGGUGGCCGAGCUGCGGCACAAGCUCACCACGCUGGUGAGGUUCCCGCUGCGGGGGCUGGACAUGCGGGGCCGGCAGCCCACGGGGCCCCUGCGCUCCCCGGCCGUGCCUGAGUCCAGCUUCUGA